AGUGGCGGGCGGAUGGGCGUGGUCUGGGCGUGUCCCGCUGUCCCGGCGACGCCCCCUCCAUCUGCCCCUCCCCGGCCGGUGCUCACAUUGUACCCGGAGCUGCCCGCACGCUGUAACCGGGCUCGGGGAGCUGCCCUCGGAAUGCCCCCAGACGAUGCCCUGGGGCAGCUCCGCUCCUGCUGGCAGGUACCGGCUGUCGCUCACUUCUGCUCCCUGUUCCGCGCAGCCUUCCAGCUGCCCGACUUCGAGAUAGAGGAAUUGGAAGACGCCUUGCACCGUGAUGACGUGGGAUUCCUCAGUGAGCUUGUGUCCUGUCUCCUGCGAGGCUGCUACCAGCGAAGUGACAUCACCGCGCAGACCUUCCACGUCUACCUGGAGGAUAUCAUCAGCUACCGCUGGGAGCUCGAGGAGGGGAAACCCAACCCGCUAAAUGGAGCCAACUUCCACCAACUGCCCCUGCGCACCCGGCUGGAGAUCCUCCACCGACUGUGUGACUACCGGCUGGACGCAGACGACGUGUUCGACCUUCUUAAGGGCCUGGACGCGGACAGUCUGCGCGUGGAACCGCUCGGGGAGGACUCGCUGGGGAACCUGUACUGGUACUUCUAUGGCACCAGGCUCUACAAAGAGGAGCCUUCCUGGGAGAAGAGGCAGCGAGCACUGGAAGAGGCGAUGGCGGCGCCUGAGAAGCCUGUACGGAAAAGGGGGCGACCCCCCAAGAAGAAGUUGCUGCUGGAAGAGGCUGUGAUAAGCGAGCAAGUAGAAGUAAAGCCGCAGCCGCCACCGGCGAUGGAAGACGUUUUGAGCAAGAGUGACCGUACCCCCGGCGAGGGGCUCUGGUGCCUACUCUGCCAGACGGAGCAGGAAUGGAGAGAGAUUACGGAGAGUUUCCGGGACAAGGGCAACCAGAAAGAGCGCCACCUCUAUAAGAUUCUGAGUGAAGAGUUCCUGCCGGAGAUCUGCAGCAUGAUCUCUCAGAAGACUCAGAAGAUGAAGCUGCAGACUGACAAGACUCCCUUCUUCUCCAAGAGGUCGUCCAGCCAUUCUGUGUUCUCCGCUUUCCAGCAAAAGGAGGCGGAUCCUUUCAGAGCGCAGGAGGAGGAGGAUGAGAGGCAGCUACUGAUGGUCAUGCAGAGGAAGGAGCAGGAGCUGCUACAGAAAGAGGAGAGGAAGAGGCUCAUGGCUGAGAAGGUGAAGUCGGUGGAAGAGCGAGCGCGGAGGCGGAAGCUGCGGGAGGAACGCGCCUGGCUCUUGUCGCAGGGAAAAGAGUUGCCCCCCGAGUUGUUCAACCUGGGGCCCAACUCGCCCGUCAGAGAGGAUUAUAGAGUCCCUGACCUGCUGAGCUUCGACUUGGACGAUCACUACACAGCGAUGUACAAAGUUCUAGAUGCGGUGAAGGCCCACAAGGAUUCCUGGCCUUUCCUGGAGCCGGUGGACGAGUCCUAUGCCCCGAAUUAUUAUGAUAUCAUCACGUGUCCGAUGGACAUUUCCAAGGUGGAGCAGAGGCUGUGUUCCGGGUACUAUCUCACCAAGGUCCAGUUUGUCAAAGACAUGAAAACCAUUUUUAAGAACUGCGUGAAGUACAACGGGCCAAGCAGUGAGUACACACAGAUGGCAGAGAAUUUGGAGCGCUGUUUUAAAAAGGCGUUACUCAAGCACCUUCCUGAUGACGAGGGGGACUCGGGUGGGGAGAGCUGGAUCCGGUUGGAUGAGGAGAAGCCCCAGAAGAGGCGGAGCCAGGCCAAACGCUCCAAAGCCGGGGGCUGGAGGAAGAGCAGAGAGGAUGGUGGCAGGAAGCGGCAGAGCUCGGAGAGCAGCGCCAUGCAGCAGUCUUCGCCAAGCGAGGAUGGAGAAGAGCGACUCUGCACAUCCAUGAAUAAAACCAGCAAGACGCCAUACCCUCACCCGCUGCAGUAUGGCGGGAUGCCCAGGCACUCUUUCCACCCAGAAAACAUGCCUCCUGUGCCGGGAAUGCAUGCGCCUCUGAGAGGCUCGGACACCGGCCUCAGCUAUGGACCAAUGAGGUUUCCAGAACCGCACCCAGGCGAUCCCAUUCAGCGCGUCCAGAGUUACACCGCGCAGUCUGUCACGGGAGCUCCUGGAAUGUCUAACAAUAAGAAUAUGGAUUUCCGACCGUCUCAGGGACCCCACAAUGCUUCGGAGCCUCCUUACCCCAUUACCAUGACUGUCCAGGAAGGUGGCAAGCAUCCCCAAACACCGUGUCCCACAGGCUAUAUGCCACUCAUCAGACCGCCUGUCCCAGGUGAAAGAGCGCCCCCCUCUGGCGUCACAUACCCACCUUACAGAUACGGACCUCCACCACCUAUGUGGAGAGGAAACGGGACACAGAACGAUUCUGCUAGGGCAGGUUCUCCCCACUACAUGCAGCCUGUGGACCCUCGUCUGAAGCCUCCAGGACCCAACCUCAAUAGCAGAUCCUUGUUUGUCCCUUCUGGCAACUCCAUGAUGGACAGUCCUGAGAUGGUGGCAAUGCAGAGACUCUCCUCCUUCGUCUGUCCCCCAGCCUCUGGGUACCGGGCCCAGCCAUUGCCCGCUCCCUUCCCACCUGAAAUAUAUAACGGAGCAGACGCAAGCCUUCCGCCUGCCAGGCAGAUGGACCAAGCGUCGGACGAGAAGGAUUUGUCUCCAUCUUUACGGACGCCUGUGACAUCCAGGGCUCAGACUCCACCCGUCUCUGCUCUAUCAGUGACCCUGCCCACCAAUGGGGAGCACGGUACAGCGCUUCCCACUGAGGGAAACCUUCAGCCCCUGGGUAAUUUGCCAACCGAUACCCUUGGGGAUGGGAAGAAGUCAUGGGAUUCUGGAUCUGUCGGUCAUGCUGGAGAUGACCAGGACAUCCCAGUUGGCCCUCAAAAUGGUUUCAUUGGUAGAAAUGCACCAGACAAGGCAAUGGAAUUACCCACGUCACAGGAGUCGGCGGUAGGCACCUCUGUAACGGAACCUAAGGAGGUCACUUUGCCUCGACCCCAAGCAGAUGUGGUGGGACCAGUGGACAGAGGUGUCUUUGCCCCCAUGAUUCCAUCUGGUGGCAGCAGACUCAAACCCAUCAUGGGCCAUCAUGCCGGUAUUGAAAGGUUUCCAGGACCCCAUCCUUCUCAUUUCCCUCCUCAAAGAUUUGGAAAUGAGCAUGUUCAGCCUUAUCCCAGGUUCCACCACCAGACGGAGGCAUAUCCUUACCAGCAACCACCACACACACAGCCUCCAUAUCUUACUUACCAGCAGCCUCCAUUUUAUCCUCAGGAGUACCCACGCUGGCAGCAAGCACAGCAGCACGCGGGUGGCUACCCCCACCCAGAUGGGGCACUCGGCAUGCAGGGUGUGGGGGAACUGAGGAGUCUACUCAUGUCUCCUUUGCUGGAGGGGGAGCCACGGGCCGUGCCGGGUGAAACCACCGAGCAGACGGAAGAGACGGACAAAAGGAGUGAAGAUUCCUCAGACCGGCCCGAGAGCCCCAAACAGUUUUUGGAUUUAGACAGUCACAAAAGGCAGAGCGGUGGUUUCGUCUAUGGGGGACCACCCAGCUGGAGUAAUGCCAACUUCCGACCCCAGCACAGUAUGAUGUCUCAACCACACUAUCCACCGCAACACUACCAGCCUCGUGGGUUCCCGCACCAGCCUCUACAUCCACCACGCCACCCUGUACAUGGCCAAACCAAUGGUCAACAACCACCAGGCCCCAGCUACCCACUUAUGGAGAACAAUAGGGGUCACUUCCAUGCUGUCAUGAUGGAACAAGCCGGCGGCAUGCCCUCGUUCACCGAUAUGUACCGGCCACAAGGGAUGCGCCUCCCAAUCCAAACACAGACUUUCCCCAAGGGCAGGCCCCUCGUUCAGGGGGAGAUGGUGCACAGAGCCCCCGCAGUACCGCUGGAUGAGACAUAAUGUGAGUUGCACUCGGGAGUCCGCACUCAUCCAGCAUGCAGGGAACACGGGCCUUCAUCUCACAGGAGCAAGCUCCCACCGC